UCCACCAGCUAUAGCCGGCAUUUCCUUUUUCUUUUUCUUUAAUCAAAACCCAUUUGACUCUGCCCAAAACCGUCAAAACAUUUUUACCAAAUACCCAAAGCACCAAAGCCUCUCAUAAUUGCUUCUUCUUUAAUCUCACUCAGUCUCUUAGUCUCAGGUAUUAUAAUUGUUUGUUAUUAGUAAGCUUGGACCCUUAAGCCUGGAGUCAAAAUGGGUUCUCAAGAAUCAGAAGAAAAGACAGAAUGCGAAAUGGCAGUGACUCUGCCUUCAACUACGCCAGUGGUGGGGUGCCUAAUAAACCCAGCCGUCCGUCUGAAAAUCAAAGGCACACCUACUCUUCAAACCCUCCGUCCACAUUCUUUCUCUUUCACCUGGUAUCGUGAGAUGGGUUGCUCUGUCCACCCUUCUAAGUUGGCUACUGUUCUGUGUAUGUCCUGUGUAAAACUAGAGAUUCCACUCAGUCAGUGUUGCCAUUGCUCUCCAAUGUGCCUCUUAGAUGGGUGGCAAAUACAUGAGAAGCGUCAUUGUCGUGCAGCUAAAAUGAUAAAACAGCGUACAACUGGUGGUCAAGAAGAAUUAAUAAGGCUUAGGAGUUGCGGUUCAUGGCCAGACUUCAGUAGUGAUCAAUUACAUGGCGAGAAUGAAUUGGUGGUAGAGCGAGAAAGGAGAGUAUGGGUCAAAGUGGGCUCUUCUAAAACUUAUGAACCCUCAAUGAAUGAUGUUGGCUUCAUUCUUAGGCUAGAAUGUUUGGCUGUGGACCAUACUGAGGGCAUUCAAUUGGCUCCAGUCAAUAUCAUAGUGACCGAUCCCGUGAUUACUUUUCCCCCUCGUUGUCCUCGCUGUAUGAUUAAAAUUAGAAGUUGUCAGAAAUCUCACAACAUCCAUUUCAAACCCCAAUCUUCUGAUGGUUUAACAUUUAGUGUGCUAUCAUAUAAUAUCCUUGCUGACCUGUAUGCUAGCGGGGGUAGGUACAGUUACUGUCCAACAUGGGCUCUUGUCUGGGAAUACCGCAGGCAGAAUUUGCUGCAAGAGAUCAUUGAAUAUGAUGCUGAUAUUCUUUGUCUUCAGGAGGUGCAAAGUGAUCAUUUUGAAAGUUUUUUUAAACCUGAGCUGAUAAAACAUGGUUAUUCAGUUAUGUACAAGAAGAAAAGAACAGAGUUGUAUACUUCUAGUCGCCAAUAUGCAAGUGAGGGAUGUGCAACUUUUUACCGUCAUAACCUAUUCAAAGAAAUCAUGAAAUAUGAGCUUGACUUUGAUCAGAGGGCACAGUUAGUGGUCGAAGAUUUGAAACCUGAACUAAAAAAUGAGGGUUGUAUUCGCCUUAUGAAGGACAAUGUUGCUCUUAUUGUAAUAUUAGAAGCAAUAAGAAAUAGCAGAAUCAGUGAUGACUUUCAAUCCAGAAUUUGUGUGGCAAAUACACAUAUACAUGCAAACACUGAAUUGCCAGACGUAAAGUUAUACCAGGUUGCAAACCUUGUCUGUGGACUGGAAAAAAUUUCGCAAUCAAAGAUUCCUAUAUUGAUUUGUGGAGAUGUGAACUCUCCUCCUGCAAGUGAUCCUCAUAUGCUUCUAGUGACAGGCAGAAUUGAUUCUGUUUCUGGGGAGGAAACUGAUCCACUGGGUAUAUAUCAGAUUCUCAAGCUUAAACACUCUUUGGCUCUUGUUAGUGCAUAUGCCUCAUUUUUCCAUUCCACUGGGAUUGAAGCAAAACAGUUGAAUAGGAUGAACCCUGACAAUCAUGAGCCUUUGUUUACCCACUACACUCCUAGAUCCGUUGGAACCUUGGAUUAUAUUCUCUACACAGCUGACAGUUUGACGGUUGAAGGUUUAUUGGAACUUCUCGACUCUGAAAGCGUGGGGGUUGGUCUUCCAUCUCCUCUAUGGUCUUCGGACCACAUUGCCUUGAUGGCAAGUUUCAGACUGAAAACACCUUCCUCUGAAUCAUCUCCACCUCUUCCUCAGGAAAUAUGAUAGCAACCAAGAGAUGCGGUAGUAAUUUAAUCUGUAUAGACAAUAUAUGAAGAAAUACCAUUAGGAACUUUGUACACAGUUAUAGAGUCAAUCUCAAACCAGAGUAGUAGACAAUGAUGUUUGCAAGCACACUUCUUUCAGAUACUUUCAGGUAGUCUUGCUACCUAAUUUCAUAACCCUGUAACUAAUGCUGGUGAUAACAUUUGAACUUCUUUUUCCUCAUCUUUGCUAUAUAGUUUGUGCCAGUAUUCUAUAGCAGUCUCAAUUAAUCAGUUCUUGCUUGAUGGGAAUUGGGGGCUAUUUUCUCAUUUUAU